AUGCUGUGCCCUUACUGUGGCGAGGUCCGCUACUCCAAGGAAUGCAGACCUUGCCAAGUAAGGGAACAAAAACAGGUUGUUGGCAAUUAUGCUGGUUGCCGCAUUUGCGACCAUCUCCCUGCCACAACUCAAAGAAGAUUGGCGGAGAAAGUGGAGUGGAGGUAUUGGUAUUUGAUGGAGCCACCGGCCCAAGCUGCAUUGGAGAACUUGGCGCGCCCGGCCCAUCAGGAACCUCCAACGACGAAGGAGCGGUUGCACCAUUCUUUUCACACCGACCCAAAUCAGGUUGGAGUUGGAGAAAAGCUUGCGUCCAAGCUCUUCAAAAUCCUUUUCAGGCCCUACGCGGGGGAAGCUGGGAUUCAAAACAGAAAGGCAGCCGACCUAUUGGAGGUCAUCAUGGAGAUGGCGUGGAACCAAAAUCAUUACCUGUGGAGACAGCUGCAGGAGUUCAUGGACAUGGUGCAUUACUUGGAGCUCUACAGGGAGAUUAUUCCACCGGUGGGCAACACAUUCUUCGACCAAUUUUUGGCAUGA